AUGGAGAUUGAUUGCAGAGACGCGGUACCCUUGUACCACCACCCCGACGCGCGGUUGACCGAGGGGGUCACCUACAUUGCUGAGACGGACACGCUUUACUGGGUCGAUAUCUUCAAGGCGGAGGUGCACCGUGUGCGGGACCUGCAAGGGGACCCUGCACACACGUUUGCGGAGAAACAUACGGUUUUCACUGCUAGUCGUGGGACUUACUCGAAGGACGCCAAUGCAGUGCCCUACCCUGACAGCGAGAUGGGUGAGUCGAUCGGUGUCGUGUUCCCUGACCACAAGGAUUCCAAUGUCGUUUAUUUCGCUGCCAAGUUUGGGAUCGGACGUGUGGAUUUAUCCAGGGACCAUUGGGAGUACUUGGUACUGUACGAAUGGUGCCCCGAGUUGACGUUGGACCGUGUGCGGAAACUCCGUUCGAACGACGGAAACGUCUCCCCCUGUGGGAAGUACAUCUUCGUUGGGAUCAUGCGGGACUUCCCCUACCCUGUGGACGACUCCGGGUGUAUUCUGCGUGUUUCUCUAGAAACACGCACCCUCGAAAUUGUAUGGGACCAUAUCCGGAUCGCGAACUCUCUGCAUUGGAACUCUCAAGAGGACCGCAUGUACAUCACGGACUCGCUUGCGUUCUGUCUAUGGGAGUGCCCCUACGACACCGCCACCGCUACACUCGACAGAACUGCCGCGACGAAACAGAUCGAUAUCAGAGCAAACACCCCUGAACGGUUCGUCUCCCCAGAACCCGAUGGAAGCCAAUUGGACCCACAAACUGGACUUCUCUACGUGUGCGUGUGGUCCACGGGGAGCGUGCAAGUGUACGACACCCGCAACGGCAAAUUCCUCGCACGUAUCCUGCUCCCCGAGAACACGAUGCGUGCCUCCUGCUGCUGCCUCGUCGGUGACAAGCUCUACGUGACCACCGCCAACGAGGACAUCGACAACCCUACAGCUGCCACCGCGGACCCACACGGUGGAUGCCUGUACCUCCUAGACCUGCCGGCGCUACCAAACUCUGAAACUGCGAGCGCCGCACUGCAGUCCUCGAAGGGGCCGUUGAAAGCGACAUGA